AUGACUCCUCGCCGCAACAAGCGACAAGUUACUCGUAGUUAUAUGGCUACACGACACGGAAACGUUAAAGUAUUCUUCCUGGUGGUGCUCUGUAUUUUGGGCUUCCUAGCGUUCUUCCCAACGGCAACAAAGGCGCACGAAGCAAAAGAGGAUUACGGGGUGGUGAUUGGAAUCGAUCUCGGUACCACCUAUAGUGCCGUCGGCGUUCAAAGGCCAGAUGGACGCGUUGAAAUUAUCGCCAACGACCAGGGAAACAGAAUCACUCCAUCUUGGGUCAGCUUUACGGAUACGGAAAGACUUGUCGGUGAUUCUGCAAAGCACGCCUUUGCUUCCAAUCCUCAGAAUACGGUUUUCGACGCAAAACGGCUCAUUGGACGUCGAAUGGACGACCCAGCAAUUAAACAAGACAUGAAGCACCUUACAUAUGAUAUCGUCAACCGUGGUGGAAAGCCCACCAUCUCUGUUCGCCACCGCGGCGAGCCCAAAGAAUUUACUCCUGAAGAAAUCAGCGCCACUGUCCUCGCUAAGAUGAAGGAGACUGCGGAAGCCUAUCUCGGCCACCCUGUCACGCACGCAGUGAUCACCGUACCAGCCUACUUCAACGACGCUCAGCGCUCCGCCACCCGUGAUGCGGGAACUAUCGCGGGUUUGAAAGUCGCUCGCAUCCUAAACGAGCCGACUGCUGCUGCAAUUGCUUACGGUAUUGACAAAACUGGAGGAGAGAAGCAAGUCUUGGUAUACGAUCUCGGCGGUGGCACGUUCGACGUGUCCCUCCUCUCUAUUGAAGAUGGUGUCUUUGAGGUCCUGGCGACCGCUGGUGACACCCGUCUCGGAGGCGAAGACUUUGAUCACCGUGUCGUGGACUAUCUCGCACGUACAUGGAAAACGACGACUGGAAGCGACGUUACUGGCGACAAAAAGGCGAUGAGUAAACUCAAGCGCGAAGUAGAACGAGCCAAACGAGUCUUGAGCUCACAGAUGAGCGCAAAGAUUGAAAUUGAAGGGUUUGACAAGGGCCAAGACUUUACGCACACCCUCACCCGCGCCAAAUUUGAGGAGCUCAAUAUGGAGCUUUUCAAGAGGACAUUCAAUUCUAUCGAAAAAGUACUUCAUGACUCCAAAGUCAAGAAAGAGGAUGUCGACGAGAUUGUUCUUGUUGGAGGCUCUACCAGAAUACCCAAGGUUCAAGAGAUGGUCAAGAACUAUUUCAACAAGGAGCCACACAAGGGAAUCAAUCCUGAUGAGGCAGUCGCAUAUGGUGCUGCUGUGCAAGGAGGUAUUCUCUCUGGCAUCGUGGCAGACGGAUCCACUGUUGUCAUCGACGCCAUUCCUCUCACCCUCGGAAUUGAGACGACAGGAGGCGUCUUUACGGAGCUGAUCCACAGGCAGACCAAUAUCCCGACGAGCCGUAGUCAAAUCUUCUCGACCGCAGCAGAUAAUCAGCCCGUCGUGAACAUACGCGUGUUUGAAGGAGAGCGCGCACUCACAAAGGACAAUAAUCUCCUCGGUUCUUUCGAACUCUCCGGUAUUGCUCCAGCACCACGUGGUGUUCCUCAGAUCGAAGUCACGUUUAAUGUGGAUAGAAACGGUAUCCUGACUGUGGUCGGACUAGACAAGGGCACUGGAGCUAGCAAGAGUAUCACCAUCACCCAAGAUGGACGUUUGUCUCGAGAGGAGAUUGAGAAAAUGGUCAAGACUGCAAACGAAUUCGCCAUGGAAGACCAGGCUGCCAAGAAGAAGAUUGAGGCGGUGAACAAUCUGACAUCCUAUGUCUUCAGUGUCAAGAGUCAGUUUGAGGAUCCUGAUGGAUGGUCGAAGAAGAUGGGAGACAGAGACAAGGAGACAAUCAAGAACGCAAUCCGAGCCACGUCUGACUGGUUGGACAUCAAUAGUAAGGAUGCCGCUCUGGAAGAGGUUGAAGAAAAGCUCCUGGAUCUACAGAACAUUGUGAACCCAAUCACGGCCCACUUGUACGAGGAAAGCUCGCACGGUCAUGAUCCUACCAAAAAAGCCCACCACUUACAGACAAUUCUAUUCUCGGUCCAAGUUCAGGAAGUUCAGGAGUUGCAGUCGACGAGUCUUAUGGUGACAUUCCCCGAGCUGACCGCGGACGACAAUGCUGACUCCCUCCAAUACCUUUAUGAUCUGAGGUAUAUCGCAAAAAUCCAGGAAGAGUCUUCUUCUUCCUUCUUGCCCUCCUAUGCGCGCGGCGAAUGGGAUCCACAAGCAACUCCAGAACUGCCGGACGAGUUUCGCUCGACCCUCGAACCAAAAUUAUUGUCUCAUGAGCACGAAGCUGGUCCUCCUGAGAUUCUGCAGUCGGUAAAGGAGUCUUAUCGUUCGUAUCUGGACUCCUCGAUACCAAAUGCAACCCAGGUCAUCGUUAAUGCUUCUACGACCCUUAUAGAAGGCUCAGAAGCGGAUUUAAACGUGUUUGGCCGCGAUUUUCAAUCUGCUACUGGGACAUAUGGCAUUGUGCGACCAGUAGAAGCAAGUGAGGUAUCAAUACCGAGCUCUCCGACAUCCUCAAGCUCGUGUAUCAUGACUGGAUUCUCUUUGGACGUUGUGCGGCGGUUUGAGUCGGCCGGAUUUCUUGAACCCCCGAUGCCUUUGGAGGAAGAAUCCCGUCGAGCUGCCGUUAGUCAAUACCGCCCAUUUGCACAGACACUUGAAGCCAACUUUGAUCGCAUUCUUCGCCUCGCCAAGCUCAUAUUCUCAGCUGACAAUGCUGCCAUCACCUUCGUUGAUACUGACUAUAUACAUGUAUUAACACCCGGCUCGGACCCGAUCAGGGUUCCUAGGCGAGAGUCGAUGUGUGGACAUGCCAUAUUGAUUCGAAAACCCAAUGAGCCAAUGGUCAUCCACGAUACUUCAGCAGACUGGCGAUUCAAGGGUAAUCCUCUCAUCAUGGACACAUGGGCCAUACGUUUCUAUGCAGGACAGCCGCUAAGGACGCCGGAUGGUCAUAAUCUGGGGGUCAUAUGUGUGCUAGACAGUAAACCUCGAGCAGAAUUCCCUCCAAGUGAACGGGCGAAGCUGCGUGACUUGUCAGGCAUGGUCAUGCGAGAACUAGAUUCUCGGCGAAAGCAGGCAAGUCGCGCUGAUCAGCUUCGGGAAGCUAUGCAACAGUCGAUAGACGACUUCUCAAAUGAGCUAGAUGCCAGUGCGCUCUCUCCCGAAAGCCUCAUUAGUCGAUUGGUAUAUCGAGUGACAUCGACACUUUCACUCGAAAAAGCAUUUUGGAUCAAUGCGAUAGCUACCCAGUCUUCACGACCACUUCCGGCAACCCCGGAUGCCUUUAAAGAUCAUCUCAUGACUCAACCCACGGAGCAACUUGCGACACAGGAACGAGAUGCGGUCGAUACAGUGCAAAUAGUACAGUUGCUCAGAUCCAGCUCUUCCGGCCUGCUAUUCAAUCCCGGAGACUCAAUCCCGCCGAUUCUCUCGAAAUUACUGCCAGAAAAUGCUUCUGCCUCUGCGUUCUUCCUUCUGACUCGUACUCUCAAAGAACCAUUGGCCAUCGUAGUGGGCUACACCAUAGCUUCUGAUUAUCGCUUCAUAGUAGCACCAUCGACGGUCACCUAUUUCAAAGCAAUGGCCGCCCUUGUAACCACUGCCACAGAGCGACAAGUCCUUUCACAAGCUGACAAGGCCAAGGUCGACUUCAUCGCCAAUAUCUCUCAUGAGCUACGAACGCCUCUGCACGGUGUUUUGGCAUCUUGCGAGCUCUUGAAGGAAUCCGCUCUUUCAGACGCACAACUUUCACUCCUCGAUACUGCCAAGUCAUGCGCUUCGGGGUUGGCAGACACCUUCAACCAUGUUCUGGAUUUCACAAAGGCUAACAAGACCGAUGCAAAAUUGGCUGAGAUUCGUGAACCUGUUGACCUCGCGCAGCUAGUGGAGGAGACGAUGAUUACUUCUUGGCUUGGCGGGAGUGCUGAAUUUCGUUCGGAGAACGAGAUUGGAGAAAUCUACGCACCACCCUCCUCACGUAUUACGGAUCAACGGCAUGUGGAGCCUUUGAUUGAAAUUGAAGAGCUGGAGAACUGGGUGGUUUCUGUGGACAAAGCUGGACUGCGACGUAUAAUCCUAAAUUUGAUAGGUAACAGCCUCAAGUUUACCGAGCAGGGAGGAUAUAUCAAGAUUGCACUUCGAAAGACAAUGUCCAUUGAUACCAACACCAUAAUGGUGAAUAUAAUAGUGGAAGAUUCUGGCUGUGGCAUGUCGGAAACCUUCAUUCGCGAAAAGCUGUUCCAUCCAUUUAGCCAGGAGCGUCCAUUAAGCUCAGGUACCGGCCUUGGGCUUGCAUUAGUUCGAACAAUCUUGCGUUCGCCUGGAGUUGACGGCACAAUCGACGUUCACUCCAAAGUGGGUGUUGGAACCAGAAUGACGAUACGCAUCAAGGCACCCAUCGUCAAGGCGCAUGUUUCUACUUGGAGUCGUACCCCAAAACCGGUGCCCUUGCCCCCCAUCGCCAUCUGCGGGUUUGAGGCAGCGUCAAAAGGUCUCGAGAUGGCAGCAAAGAAUCUUCGCAGGCGUCUAAAGGACUGGUAUGGAAAAGUUACGGAAGUCGACUACCGUGAAGCGACGCUCCUGAUUGUGGACUACGACAACCUCAACGACAAGACAUUCCUCAGGACCCUCACUAGCGACCCCAAAAUAUUGCUGUUAUGCUCUGCGCCAGUUGAUGCAGAGGUUUUCAGAAACUCCGGUGAAUACUACGAGACAAGGAAUUAUUGCAAUAUUCUCAUCAAGCCAUAUGGUCCUCAUGCGCUCUCUCGAGCAUUAAGCAUCGCAUUGGAUGCGUCACCCCAAAGAGCCACAGGCAGAGCUGAUGCUGUUUCUACAAGGAACGAUGCUAUUCCAGAACAUCAAACUCCAAAUGCAAAUAAAUCGAAGGAGUUCGGCGAUCUACGUGUGCUUGUGGUGGGGGAUAAUUCUGUCAGCCUUGGGGUUAUUUCUACCUUCCUUCGAAAGAGGGGGUGUUAUUUUGCACGAGGGAGAGAUGCCUCAGAAGGGAUCGAAAGCUUUAGACGGCAUCAAGCCAAUCCAUUUCACGUCUGUUUGAUGGAUCUACAAAUGUCAAACAAAGGAUUCGAGGCGACCAGAGAUAUACGACAACUGGAGCGUGAACAACAGAUCCCAGCGGAACGUCGAUUACGGAUAUACGCCCUGACAGGUCUUGCAUCACCGGAGGAUAAGCAAAAUGCAGUAGAUGCUGGAUUUGAUGGAUACCUUGUAAAACCGCUCUCUUUUAUCACCCUCCAGGACGUUCUGCAAUCUAUUCUCGAGCAACUCUCGGACUAA